AUGACGACCAUUCACCACCAGCAGAUGCUGCAGGAGCACGUGUCCAUGGAGUUCUCCAGCUCCACCACCCACAUGCAGACCUUCUCCCAGACAACCAAGAUCGUGGGAGAGGAAGUCAUGGCGAGGAAGUCCUCAAGCACAGUGGAGUUCUUCAGCUUGGUGACCGCGAGUUCCGACAUCCCUGCCGUCGAGAGCGUCCCUGUGUUCGUGGAGAAACGUCACCCGGCCACCGUGCCAGAGGGGGAUAAAGCCGUGUUCAGAGCCCAGGUGCUGGGGAACCCCAAACCCAACAUCUGCUGGAAGAGGGAGAGGGGCAUCCCCAUCAAGGAGUCCGCCAAGGUAUUCGACGACAGCAUUAACAAGGAGCACGUGCUGAAGCUGGAACCACUGACUUCGGAUGACUCUGACAACUACAAAUGCACUGCAAGCAAUGACGAUGCAGAUGACAUCUACACCGAGUCCUUGCUGGUGACAGAGGGUCAAGAUUAAAUCGAUUUCAAAAAGAUGUUGAAGAAGAGGAGGGCUCCCCCUGCACCCAAGAAGAAGCAGAAGAAGGUGACAGAUGAGAAAGAGAUGCUGAAGAUUUUGUCCAAGGUGCCCAAGAAGGACUUUGAGAAGGUCUGCAUGGAGUAUGGUUUCACCGACUUCUGGGGGCUGCUCAGGAAGCUCAAAGAGAUGAAGAAAGUGGAGGUGGAGUUCUUGGGAGAGAUGAAGCCGCUUAAGGUGACAGAGCACCAAACAGCUGUGUUUGAGAUCCACCUCUCCAAGAAAGAGCCCAACUUUGUGUGGAAAUUCAAUGGGAAGGAGCUGAAGAGGGAUGACAAGUACGAAAUCACAGUGUCUGAGGAUGGUCUGACCCACACACUUAAGAUUAAGGAUGCCAGACUCUGUGACAGCAGUGAGUUCUCUGCCCAGGUAGGGAACAUGGUACAGAAGGCCCAGCUCACUAUUGAACGCAUCCCCAUCAAGUUUGUGAGCACACUCAAAAAUAUACAUGUGAAAGAGAGGAGCUGUGUGUGCCUGGAGUGUGAGCUGACAUCCAAGGAUGUGACACUGUGCUGGAAGAAGGACAUGCAGCUGCUGCAGCAUGGCAUAAAGUACAGCAUGAGCCAUGAGGGCAAGUGAGCAGAGCUGGUCAUUGAGGAUGCACGAUUCAGGGUAGUGGCCAUGCAGAAUGGGGACCCUACUGAAUACGGCAGUACUGCCAUUGCCACUGUGGAGGUCCCUUGUCCCCCUUUCUCCUCUGAGCGUUUGGCCACGGUGAAGAGCGGGAUGCCCCACGUGCACGAGGCCACUGGGAGUCCAGCCAAGUUGUGCGUAGUGCUGACCCACAAGAAGGUGGAGGGCAUGUGGCUGAAGGACGGCAAGGAGAUCACCGAUUGGCCGGGCAUGCAGAUCGUGAAGCAGGGUGUGGUGCACAAGCUCAUCUUCCCCAACAUGGGCCGAGGCAAGAACACAUUCCGAGCUCAGGGCGCAGAGAGCCAAGCCUCGGUAUUCCCUACAGAUCCUCCCACCGUCUGCCCAUCGGUGCUGGAGGCAUUGGCAUAGCAUCCUGUGACCGUGAAGGUGGGCCACACAACCCGCAUCAAGGUGCCCUUCCAGGCAAAGCCACUGCCCAGAGUGACGUGGUACAAGGAAGGCAUGGAGGUGACGGAGGAGGAACACGUGUCCAUGGAGCGUGCAGAAGACCAGGUGCUGCUCACCAUCUCAAAAUGCCUGCGUGAAGACAGUGGCCUCGUCCUGCUCGAGCUCAGGAAUGACCACGGCUCAGCCACGGCCACCCUGCACUUCAGCAUUCUGGCCAGACCUGCACCUCCACAGGCCAAGGUGGAGUUCCUGGAGCUCUCUGGUACAUGUGUGCACAUGAAGUGGAAGGCCCCGAAGGACGAUGGCAGGAAGCCUAUGACACAGUUCAUAGUGGAACAGAGGGCAGUCAGCAAGAAGUCCUGGAUUAAGGUAGGUGAGGUAGCAACCAGAGUUAAGAAUCAUUGGUAUUUUUUUUAAGGAGGGAAGGCAGAGGUCAGCAUGGGGUGGGCAACUGUCUGCCUGUUCCCCCUUUUAACCUUUGCCCUGUCCAUCCCCUCAGAGCCAUCUGGUCUUGUCUGCCAGCUUCAAGUGACUGAUGUGACCAAACAGGCCAUGACCAUCACAUGGGAUGCUCCUACCUAGGAUGAGGGGGACAGUGCUUGGCUACAUUGUGGAGCAAAGAAAGGCAGUAACUUGUGGGUGCCAGUCAACAAGGACCCCAUCCAAGGCACCAAGUGCACUGUGGAUGGUCUCCUGGAGGACACAGAAUAUGAGUUCCAAGUUAUAGCUGUAAAUAAGGCAGGCCCUCGACAGCCCAGUAUGCCAUCCAACUCAGUAGUGUCCAAGUACCCUGACAAACCCCCAGACCUGGUGCAGGGCCUGCAUGUGUCUGAUUCCUCCAACUCCAGCGUCUCCCUGACCUGGCACCAGCCUGCAGAGUGAGACCCACCCUCUGGCUACAUCCUUGAAAUGUAGGCUGAAGAGUGGUCCAAGUGCACAAAGAUCCCCAUCUCAGGCACCUCCUACACAGUGGGAGACCUCACCAAGAGGCAGAAAUACUUCUUCUAAAUCUGGGCUGUGAAUGAGGCUGGGGUUGGGGAGGCUGUAGAGCCAGAUGAGGGGGUUCAGAGGUCAGUGCCCCCACCUCUCAGUGUCUCCUCUGUCUCAGCAGCCCCCAAGUUUGACCUCAGUGCCCGGCUGAAGAGUCACAUGGUGGUUCAUGCUGGGACAGCCCUCUGCAUUCACUCAGCCUUCUCCAUAAUGCCAUCUGCUGUCACCAGCUAGGGCUCAUCACCACCUAAUGUGAUCUGGCAGAAAAAUGGCAUCAACACCAAGGGCCGGGAAACCGUCACCAAGGGCAAAAACCACUCCCAGUUCCUCAUCAAUAGCACCAAGUGCUCUGACUCAGUGGUGUAUCAGAUCUUGCUCCAGAAUGAGUUUGGAGAGGCACACUAUGACAUCCAUGUGCAUGUGGCAGAUUUCCCCCAGCCCCCCACAAACCUACAGUUGUUUGAGGAGGUCCCCAACAUGGCUCUGACCUGGAACCACAGCCCGGACCUGCAGGACUGUGAGGCCCACUACGUCAUCAUGAAGUGGGAUGCAAGCACUGUCACUUGGUACACUACUGAGCAUGUCUUCAGCAACAAGUACACUGUGACCGGGCUGCUCCCGGGCAGGAAGCACUACUUCAGAGUGGUGGCUCGAAAUGAAUUCGGUGACAGCGACCCGCUGGAUUCCAAGGAUACCUGGCUCAUCAUUAAGGACCAGAGCGAGUUGGGGGACUUGAGGGUUCGGCUGAAGCCCCACGAGAAGGACCGGCGCCACGCGCGCUUCCUGACCCUGCUCAAGCCGCACACGGUGCUCCGCGGCCAGGACUGCACCAUGACCUGCGCCUUCGUUGGGAACCCGCGGCCCAUGGUGACCAUCUACAAGGGUGACGUCAACAUCACAGUCAACUCCAAGUUCUGGUACAACUCCACCAGCGGCGUGUGCACCUUCGUCAUCGCCACCUGCACGCUCAAGGACAUCAGCCAGUACAGCGUGCUGAGCAAGGACCGCAGCAGCUGCACCCUUGCUCUUUCAGACAAAGAUGACAAGUCAAUUCUAGCAACCAUCAGUGAGAGUCUGCAGGGAUAA